UCCAUGUCACCAUCUGUGGCACAAUCCUUCUCUGUCACUGUCUCUACCACCCCCUCGUUCUCCUUCCUCCUGCCUCCCUCUGUCUCUGCCUCUUUCUGCAUCUCCUGCUCCUCCGUUGUCCAUCCAGUCUCUCCUUUCCUCCGUCCUCCCUUUCCUCCUCUGUUCCUUCUCAUCGCGCAUCUCUCUUCACUCCCCCUCAUUCUGCCUUUCCACCCACUCACGGUCUCCUCUCCCUCUCCUUUUUCUCUCCACCUCCGACCGACCCUCCUUUCCUUAUUUUCUAUUGGCUUCUUCCAUCCCCUGCUCUUUCCCAUUCCCCUCACCUUGGGAAGUACCUCCCUCCACCCCCACUGGGUCCUGCCUGCAGAUCCCCCUCUGUGCCCCCCACUGUGUCCUGGAGAUGGGGGCGUGAUGCACCAGGCGACUGUGGGAAGUCAGGACCAGGGACCAGAUGGGAGAGGCAAUGUGGGCUGACGUGGCCGCCGAGGGCCUAGGAGGGGCCCAAGUCCGCAAGUGCUGGAGGAGUGGGUACUGUGUGGGACCCCAGCUAGCCGUGCUGUAGUGGUAUUUGGCUGCAGAAUGUUACCCAGCCUGACCGUUAGGAGGUGAGCCCUUGCCCCCUGGGCAGGCCGGUAGCUGACUGCUGACUGGCGUCUCCUUGGCCAUGGCCACCCCUGCCUAUCCUUCACUGGUGCCCACAACCUUGGACCCUGGAAAUGCCUCCUCCACCUGGCCCCUGGAUGCCACACCGGGAAAUGUGUCUGCUGGCCUGAACCUGGGAGGUCUGGCUGUCAGUGGCAUCCUGAUCCCUCUGGUCUACCUGGUGGUAUGCGUGGUGGGCCUAUUGGGCAACUCGCUGGUGAUCUACGUGGUCCUGCGGCACACAGCCAGUCCAUCAGUGACCAGCGUCUACAUCCUCAACCUGGCACUGGCCGAUGAACUCUUCAUGCUAGGACUGCCCUUCUUGGCUGCCCAGAAUGCCCUGUCUUACUGGCCCUUUGGCUCUCUCAUGUGCCGUCUGGUCAUGGCCGUGGAUGGCAUCAACCAGUUCACCAGCAUCUUCUGCCUCACCGUCAUGAGUGUGGACCGCUACCUGGCGGUGGUGCACCCCACGCGCUCGUCUCGCUGGCGCACAGCACCUGUGGCUCGCACAGUCAGUGCGGCUGUCUGGGUGGCCUCCGCCGUGGUGGUGCUGCCUGUGGUGGUCUUCUCAGGUGUGCCCCAGGGCAUGAGCACAUGCCACAUGCAGUGGCCGGAGCCGGCAGCGGCCUGGCGAGCGGCUUUUAUCAUCUACACGGCUGCACUGGGCUUUUUCGGGCCACUGCUGGUCAUCUGCUUGUGCUACUUGCUCAUUGUGGUGAAGGUGCGCUCGGCCGCACGGAGGGUACGGGCACCUUCUUGUCAGUGGGUACAGGCGCCCACGUGCCAGCGGCGGCGGCGCUCUGAGCGUAGGGUCACGCGCAUGGUGGUGGCCGUGGUGGCUCUCUUCGUCCUCUGCUGGAUGCCAUUCUAUGUGCUCAACAUCGUCAACGUGGUGUGCCCGCUGCCCGAGGAGCCUGCCUUCUUCGGCCUCUACUUCCUAGUGGUGGCGCUGCCCUAUGCCAACAGCUGUGCCAACCCCAUCCUCUACGGCUUCCUCUCCUACCGUUUCAAACAGGGUUUCCGCAGGAUCCUGCUUCGACCAUCCCGCCGGGUUCGCAGCCACGAGCCUGGAGCUGGCCCUCCAGAAAAGACCGAGGAGGAGGAGGAGGAUGAAGAUGAAGACGGGGGAAGGGAGGAGGAUCAGAAAGGGAAAGCACGGAGAGGGAAGGAGAUGAAUGGAGGGGUCGGUCAGAUCACACAGCCUGGCAGCAGCAGGCAGGAAGGGCAGCCCAUCGCGGUGGCGACCAAGGAGCAACUGUUUCUACCCCAGGAGGCCGCUGUUGGGGAGAAGACCAGCACCCUGCGCAGGAGCUAUCUGUAGGGAUCUUCAGGGGGCCAGCUUUGCCUGGAGAAGGGUGGAGGCUGUGCCUGUGCCCAGGGGUCCAAGCCAGCAGUGGCUGGAAAGCUGGCUUCAUCUAUACAGCUGUGCUGGCCCUCUUGGAGCCACUGAGGUACCAGGGGCCAGUGAUGGGAUAUUCAGAGACCUGGGCUCUGUCCCACUUUAUCAGGACUUGUGUGACUUUGUGCAGGUCACUGGCCCUCUCUGGGCCUCGUUGCCUUCUCUUGACUCAGGGAUGGGCAUAAUCAGCCUAGAUGAGGUCUGUUGGAAGAGGAUAGGGGGUGUCGUUACUGGGUUGACUUUUCUGAACCAGGUCCAGUCUUUCCUGAGUGGGGCCCAGGUUAAGGGAAUAGGAGCAAACUGAUUUCCGAGAGAUGAUGUGUCUGAGGAGUCAGCCUGUAUCUUGGCUUUCAGAGGGAUACACCAGAGCUUGGGGAGUCAGGGAUACCGGUGAGCUGGCCUGGAGACUGAAGAAAGUGUAACUUGGUGGGGUGGGAUAGGACCACUCGGGCCCCAGGUCAGCCUCUUUUCAUGCUGCUGUGUGGCCUUGACCAGCUCUGCUCCUGCCCAGGCCUCCCCCAGCUAGACAACUGUGCCUCCCCCACUGCCCCUCCAGGUCCUCAUCCCAGGGGGUCAUUUGGGCCUCCUGUGCUCCUGGAUACAAGGAAAGAGGCGAGUUUUCUAAGAGGCUAAUAAAUCUGAGCUUCCGGGUCUCCAGCUGCUUAGGCUCCUUCAUGGCCUGCAUCUGAUUUUUACUUACAGUUUUGUAGCCCUUUUCUUAGAGACCUACCCUCACAUUGCAGAGGCUUAGGCCACCCACAGCCUAGCUCACCCUGUUGAAAUCAGCUGUCUGUUCCCCAGGGCAGCUUCCUUUAAGUUCCCUGUGCUACUCUUCAGGCCCCCGAAGUCCUCAGCUUGUCUCUUGCCCAGAGAGCAAGCCAGGGACCCAACCCACAUGGACCUGAUGGAAGGGCAGAGUCUACCAUCAGCAUGAGGAGAGGAUGACAAGGAGGCAUGGAUCCAAGAGGAAGCAGGGAGGAGAGGAGAGAGAGGUAUUAGGAAGAGAAAGAGGGAAAAGGGAGAGGAAGGAAGAGUGAGAACAGACUGUGCUGUGACCUUGAGUCGUCCUUGGCUGCUUGGGCUAAGCUCAGUUGCAGUAUUGAUGGUGAGAGGAAACAGUCUCCAGGAAAAGAUUCAGGGGGAGGGGAAUCAUGGACGGUCCAGAAGGGUCCCUGGAGGGUCCAUGGAGCUAGUGAGAGGGGCACAGGCCUUGAUGGGGGCCCUGGGAGUGGAGCUGGCUCCCCAGAAUGCUGGGAGGGGUGAACAAUCCCUGGCCUCCCCAUCUGUAUUUCUGAGGCUUCAUAUGAUGUGACUAGGUUGGAAGGGAGUCAUAGGGAGCAGUCAUGGUCCAGGUUAACCCCAGAGAUGGCCCUUCCAGUUAAAGCCAGGCUGGCCCUGAAGAGGUUGGAACUUCUGCCUAACCCCACCCCUGUCCCACUCCACAGAGUUGGGGUCCUCAGGGAACUCAAGGAUCCAGAAGUUGAGAACCUGGAUCUUCUAUUCACCUCAAGCCUCUUGACUGGCCCCUCCCUCUCUGGGCCUCAGUGUCCCCAUUAUGGUAUGGAGGCAGCUCUCCACCUUACCUGUCUUCUGGAAUUGGGGAAAGAAUUGAAUCCUGCUGGGUGAGCUGCCACAUUCAUCUCACCACAAUGGGUGGUACAUGUUGGAUACAAAGUGGGUAUGCCCCUGCCUUAGGCUCAACCUGUACCCCUGCUCCUUUCGCAAGUGGCCUCUGUGUCACCUCCUGGAGGUGAGGACAUUGCAAGCCAUGAGAAAUAGGGUGUUGGGGUCAGAGGCCAAGGGUUAGGGAGGCAGGGAUUGAGGAGAAAGCCGGUCAUCCCAGGAGGAGGAAGUUCACAAACUCAGGCCUGUGUGGUGCCCAGCCCUGGGACUUGGUCUGGGGCUCCUCUAAGAAGGAACUGAGGGUGGUGGUAAAGGAAUGGUUUGGACUUCCUGGCCGGGGCAGGGGAGCUAUGGUUUACAAAGGGAGCUAGGAGGUCAACUGAGAAAUCCUUUGCUGCUUCUGCCCCUAGCCCCUGUCAAUAAAGAUGGUGACACAUGA